CGAUCUUCUUCUCGGGCUGCAAAUCAUAGAACAGAAGAAUGAAAUUCUUUGUUGUACUCUUCGCUGUUAUUGCCACAGCUGCCGCAGCUGCAGUUUCAACUGAAUACCUGCCACCAGUACAGGAGGCUGUUAUUCCCUCAAAUGAAUACUUGCCACCUGUAGCUGCUCCAGUAGCUAUUACUGCUGAGGAGCCAACCGUUCUUGCUGAUGAUGGAUACCGUUACAAGACCGUCAAGCGUUUCCGUCUGAGGCAUCGUCGUGACGUCAACGAACUCCCAUCCAACGAAUACUUGCCUCCAGUUGAGGAAGCUCAAUUCGCUGUCGCCGAACCCCAACCAGAAAUCCAAACCGUCUUGGCUGAUGAUGGAUACCGUUACAAGACCGUCAAGCGUUUCCGUUUGAGGCAUCGUCGUGACGUCAACGAACUCCCAUCCAACGAAUACUUGCCUCCAGUUGAGGAAGCUCAAUUCGCUGUCGCCGAACCCCAACCAGAAAUCCAAACCGUCUUGGCUGAUGAUGGAUACCGUUACAAGACCGUCAAGCGUUUCCGUUUGAGGCAUCGUCGUGACGUCAACGAACUUCCUUCCAACGAAUACUUGCCCCCAGUUGAAGAAGCUCAAUUCGCUGUCGCCGAACCCCAACCAGAAAUCCAAACUGUCUUGGCUGAUGAUGGAUACCGUUACAAGACCGUCAAGCGGUUCCGUUUGAGGCAUCGUCGUGACGUCAACGAACUCCCAUCCAACGAAUACUUGCCCCCAGUUGAAGAAGCUCAAUUCGCUAUCCCAGAACCCCAACCAGAAAUCCAAACUGUCUUGGCUGAUGAUGGAUACCGUUACAAGACCGUCAAGCGUUUCCGUUUGAGGCAUCGUCGUGACGUCAACGAACUCCCAUCCAACGAAUACUUGCCCCCAGUUGAAGAAGCUCAAUUCGCUAUCACAGAACCCCAACCAGAAAUCCAAACUGUCUUGGCUGAUGAUGGAUACCGUUACAAGACCGUCAAGCGUUUCCGUUUGAGGCAUCGUCGUGACGUCAACGAACUCCCAUCCAACGAGUACUUGCCCCCAGUUGAAGAAGCUCAAUUCGCUAUCCCAGAACCCCAACCAGAAAUCCAAACUGUCUUGGCUGAUGAUGGAUACCGUUACAAGACCGUCAAGCGUUUCCGUUUGAGACGUCAUUAGAGAUCUAUGACUUUGUGAUAAUAGUAUAAGCUUGAGUUGAAAACGAGUAAAUGAUA